AACCACCGAUUAUGACCGAUGUUACCGUUAACAUCAAAUAAUAUAAUACUCACUAGUUAACAUGGAGAUGCGGACGCAAGAAUGCUAUUUUUUUUUAUACCACGACGGUGGCAAAUAAGCAUACGGCCCGCCUGAUAAUAAGCAGUCACCGUAGCCUAUGGACGCCUGCAACACCAGAGGCAUUAUAUGCGCGUUGCCGACCCUUUAAAAACCUGUACACUCCUUUUUUGAAGAACCCCAUCCUAGUGAGUAUUAUAUUCUUUGAACCCCAUACUGUGAUAUAUGGAGGCAUUUUUAAUUUAAUGUGCUCAAAUAUCACCACAAAUCUAAAAUUGGUGAUUAACUUGGAGAUUUUCGCCAAUUUCUUUUCUGAUCAAAUCGGCUAAUAUUCCCGUCUGGACUGGCCUUAAGUAUCGAACCAAACAGGUCGCCAUUUUGAUUUCGCAAUUUUGUUGCAAUUUUGCAUUUGCACUUUUUGCAAUGAUGCUCUACGGAUAAUUGAGUAAAUUGAGUUUAUUUUACCUAUAAUUCUAAAACGUUAUAUUCUCUUUAAUUCCUGUUUUAGUAUAUUUUUUUAUGGAUUUGAAACAAUAUCCUAUUUGAAAAAUGAAACUUAUCUCUAUAUUUACGUGAAGCUAAAGAAUAAUAGAAACGAGUUUUUAAGUUAACGAUGGAGUCCUCAGCGUUACAGGGUACAGAGAAUGUUUGCGUAAAGGUUGAACCCUGUGAGGAAGUAUGUAUAACUUAUGAGCCCACGUCCACAGAAGUGUUUGUGAAAAUUGAGCCGCUGGAUGAUGUGUAUGUAAAUGAUGAGUCCAAACGCGAAUGUGUAUAUAUAAAAGCUGAGCCUUCAUGCUCAGAUGUAAGUGUAAAAGACGAGUCGCUCGGCGUAUGCGCGGCGGCGGAGCUGUACUCCGAACACGCUGUCAAAGAUGAGGUCGUGCUCGGUCCCGAACAACUGGACCGACGCGGCGUGCGCCAUGCACUAACAGCGUUCAACCAAGAGAUAGAAGUGAAGCAGUCAUGUCAGAUUGUCCCUGAGAGCACAGACCAGGACAGCCAAAGACAAGUUCCUGAAGCUGGUGUAGAGGAACUCAGGAACCCCAAAGUUGAGAAAGUCAAAAGAAACAACCAAGAGAAAACUCCACAGAAGAGACCAACAGGAGAGAUUCUUUACAAUUGUAACCAGUGCAGUUAUUCUACUAACAAAAAAAGUAAUUUUCAAGUUCAUGUAAGGAAACACACUGGUGAAAAACCUUACAAGUGUGACCAGUGUAGCUAUGCUAGUGCAAACAAACGUCAUUUGCGAGUUCAUGUAAUGAAGCACACUGGUGAAGCGCCUUACAAAUGUGACCAGUGUAGUUUUUCUAGUAGUUACAAAAAUAGUGUAUUAAUCCAUGCAAGAACACAUACUGGUGUAAAGCCUUACAAAUGUGGCCAAUGUAAUUACGCUAGUGCACACAAACGUGGUUUACGAGUUCAUGUAAUGAAACACACUGGAGAGAAUCUUUACAAAUGUGACCAGUGUAGUUAUGCUAGUGCACUCAAACCUAAUUUUCUUAGUCAUGUAAGAAAACACACUGGUGACACGCCUUACAAAUGUGAUCAGUGUAGUUAUGCUAGUGUAUAUAAACUUGCUUUGCAAGUUCAUGUAAGGACACAUACUAAUGAGAAACCUUACCAGUGUGAUAAGUGUAGUUAUUCUACUAUCACAAAAUAUUGUUUGAAAAAACAUAUUCUAAGGAAACACACUGCUGAAAAGCGUCACAAAUGUGAGCAGUGUAGUUAUGCAAGUAAUUUCAAAAAUAAUUUAUUAAUUCAUAUAAGAAAACACACUGGUGAAAAACCAUACAAAUGUGACCAGUGUAGUUUUGCUAGUACCAACAAAAAUUAUUUAGUAAUCCAUACAAGAAAACACACUGGCGAAGAGCCUUACAAAUGUGACCAGUGUAGUUUCGCUAGUAGUUACAAAAAUCAAUUAUCAAUGCAUAUAAGAAAACACACUGGUGAAAAGCUUUUCAAAUGUGGCCAGUGUCGUUAUUCAAGCGCAUAUAAAGGUGGUUUGAAACGUCAUUUACUGACGCACACCAACGAGAAACCUUACCAUUGCGAACAGUGUACCUAUGCUAGUGCAUACAAAAGUGCUUUGAAAGUACAUGUAAAGAGACAUACCUAACCAUAAGAAACCUUAAUGUAAUCAGUAUUGUUAUGCUAGCAGCAGAAAAUAUACAUUGGAAACCCAAUAACGAUGUACACUGAUGAAAAGCCCUACAAAUGUAACCAUUGUAAUUUUGGUACCAACCAUAAAGGCAAAAAGAUUUACAAAUGCAACCAGUGUAGUUAUGCUCCCUUCUUCUUCCUCGCGUUGUCCCGGCAUUUUGCCACGGCGCAUGGGAGCCUGGGGUCCGCUUGACAACUAAUCCCAAGAUUUGGCGCAGGCACUAGUUUUUUACGAAAACGACUGCCAUGGGGAGCAUCAACUUUUUAGCGUCACUCGUUGCCAUGGUUACGAUUAGUUGUCCAAGGGACAAAAGUUCAUUGAAAUACUGAUUUUAUGGUACUUAAAUGUAUUAAACUUGCGUUUUUGUGGUCGUUAUAACCAAUGUCCAUAAUGGGCCCCCUACUAAGCUUGUUAAUAGAACGGCAUACAACGUCUCUUCAAACAAACUGUGCCACUGUUGUCCCUUGGACAACGAGACAGGAUAACAAAACAAAAAAAGUUGAUUCACCCCAUGUGACCUUCCAACCCAGAGGGUAAACUAGGCCUGGUUGGGAUUAGCCCGGUUUCCUCACGAUGUUUUCUUUCACCGAACAGCGACUGGUAAAUAUCAAAUCAUAUUUCGUACGUAAGUUCCGAAAAACUCAUUGGUACGAGCCGGGUUUGAACCCGCGACCUCCGGAUUGCAAGUCGCACGCUCUUACCGCUAGGCAACCAGCGCUUGUAGUGUAGUUAUGCUCGCGGGCGCAAAAAAAAUUAGCAAGAACACCUACCUAGCCUACCUACCUAAACUAGGUACCUAGCCUAGGUACCUAGUUUAAGUUUUAAACUCUGUUAAUAUCUACACGAUAGAACAUACCUUGGAGUAAAGUAAAAUGCUAUUGAUGCCGGUGAUAUCGUCCAGUGUAGAACACCUUUAGAUUAUUUUAUGUUAAGGGGCUCCCUAACGCCAAUGUCCUUCGAUCUAAAUUCCUUAGUUUUGUAAUGGUCUUUACAGUACAUAUGGUGCUACUUUACCGCACUAGUGCAUAUUACGUUACUGUGUCGAACAUUUAAAGGGCCAUAUGUACUGUAAAAUGUUGUACGAUACAUGUGCGAAUAGGUAAUUCGCAACUCGUGUCGAUUUAAAACACUCCCUUCGGUCGUGUUUUAAUUUAUCGCCACUCGUUUCGAAUUUCCUAUUUUUCGCACUUGUAUCGUAAUGUACUAUUGUAGUUUGUCAUAUUAACAGCAACAGCUUUAAGCAAUAUAGUAUCCCAUAUUUACUUCAAAGUUCAUUGUCUUCGGGAUAUUUGGCAUCAAAGUUGAAAAAUUUUAGGCCAAAAAACUGUUUUUUUUGGCCAUAACUUUUGUGUUAAUUAGUUUAAAAUUAAAAUCUCUGACCAGUUUUUAGAGACGUCAAAGACGAACCCAAAUAUGUAGAUUUCGUAUAUGUAAUAUGUGUCGAUGAGUUACGAAAAAGGUGUGUUUUUAGACAAUGUUUGAAAAAAUCAUAAAAAAAUAAGUAUUCAUUUCUUUCAAAAUCCGGUAGACCAGAAUGGAGAUAAAAAAUUGAAGAACCGAUAGCCGUUUGUCUUAUAAUUCUAUCUAUAGUGCAAAUGUAGGAGUAACGGCUCAAAACUUGUCAAAAAUUUAUGAAAACCGCGGGGAGCCUCUUAAGAUAUUUAUAAAAACCUAGUUAAGGAUUUAAUUAGAUCUUAUCAUAAUAGAACCACCUUUGCAAAUUCACAAUUCAAUGCAAAAUCUGCUCAAAUAUAUAAUAAAAUCCUAAACAUUUACCCUAAACAGUCCCAGGAAUGUAAGUCCACUGUAAUCAAAUGGCUCACAAAUAAAACAUAUGAGGAAACAGAGUGCCUAUUACGAUGAGUACCAUUACGCACACGCACACACACGCACACACACACACACACACACACACACACACACACACACACACACACACACACACGCACACACACACGCACAGACAUACACACACACACGCAGUCAGGCGUACUGGAAAUUAAUUUAUUUUAAUCUAGUUUAUGUCGUUCUUGUAUCGUUUAUAAUUAAUGUAUUGCUUGUUAGUAGUAUAUUUUGUUUGUAAAUUGUAAAUAGUAUUUAUAGGUAGUAAAUUUUUGUAAAUAGUAUAGAUCUUAGUAUUCGUUAUUAAUAAUCACGGAAGAGCGGUGCCUCCCAACACAGGCAAUAUUGCUUACCGGGAGACACCAUACCCUAAAUUAUAUGUACUGUAUUUAAUGAAAUAAAGAAUUUUGUAUUUUUUGUUUUGUAA